AUGUCAUUAGCUCUUCGGUCAUGGGGACUCUUCUCGCUCCAAGAGACUGUGCUCGGCGCCAUACCGAGACUUCCCUCCAUAUCAUUCCGCUGGGGCGCAUCUCACCCCUCGCCCCGAGCCUGCCAACACCACCAUGACCAUCAUGAAGAUCAACGAUUAUCAGAAUUGCAGGAGUGGCUAGAGAACAGCAACAACGCCAGCAAUCCUCCAUUUAUGAUCGACAACGGCGCAAUCUUGAAAGCCGCCCCCAAGAAACGCUCCUCGUACAUGCGCAAGAGAAUCAAGUUGUACAUGCCCGGCAACAAACAGAUCAAGCCGCUCUUUAAUAUCGUGAGGUGUCCCGCUUGCGGAGCCGCAAAGAGAUCGCAUUUCAUGUGCAUGAACUGCUUCGGUGAGAUUCGUGCCUUUCUCAAAAGAAUGAAGCGGGCCGAUGGUGUAAUUAAGGACCAGGAUUUGAAUCCUCAAAAGCAUUUGGAUCCCGUUGAUGAGAGAAUCAUUUACCCGGGGAAAUAUACUAAACAUGAGGAGAGGUUGUUGAGGAAGAAAGAUUGGGUUCCGCAGAGGGAAGAGUCGCCGUUGUUUAGCAAGGAGCAUAUGGUGAAGCAGAAGAGGAGCAAGAGCAAAUAA